AUGAAGCUCAGUGGCAUAAUCGUAAAUAUUUUGAAGUGGGAUUUUUGGUUAAAAGACGGAAUUGCCCCCGUCUCUCAGACACUCUCUCUCUCUCCCGCGCGCGUCUCUCCCUCUGGUUUUCGCGACAGCCACUGUGGCCGGCCACGUUUUGGCCGGCCGUGCUCUCGUCCGGCCACCAAAGUUGACGGGGCCGGUACCAAAAUGACCGGGCCGCCGUCCUCUUCCUACCCCAGCCAGGUCUCGCCGUCAGCCGUCGAGAUUUCGCCGGAAAAUCGAAGAGAAAAGCUCGGUUUCGCCUGA